UUCGGGUACCACUGUAGAGUACGUCGUUGUGUGUGCGGAGAAGCAAAGUAGAAGACCCGUGUGGACAUGACAGCGGACGAAGAAAGGUUGGUGAAGAGUCGGAAGAGGUGUGCCGUCAAUCAGCGCAAGUAUCGAGCCAAGCUGCAGAUCAUCGACAACCAACGGCGCAUGAACAUGGACGAGCUAAGCCGCGUCAACCAAAGGCUGGAAGGACACAUUGCAGCGUCCAUCGACCGUCGGGGUCUUUGGUGUCAUGCCGAAGAGCAGUCCAUCUUGGAAUAUCUUCGGCUAUUUGAGCGCGGGUACACGCAGUCUGAGCGCCAGGAUUCGUUCCUCCGCUACUUCGUCGCUCCAGAUGUGUGCUUCAAUGGACUCAUUGGCGUGGAAGGCGUGAAGUCGUACUGGACAACUCGCAGCUCCAGGCUAACGUUUCUGCAUGUGAAGUACGUGCGAUUGACUCCAGUAGCCCACACCUCCGAGGGGACGACGGUGGAAAUGCAUUGCGUUAUCGAAGUGGCGUUGGCGUCACCGACCGUCGCCGCCAUGUUCCCGCACGUUGUCCGUCGGCCCGACCUCGUCGACAAGCUGCUGAGCGCGCCGCUGCACAUUCCCCUACAUGCCACAUAUGUAUUCGACGACAACAAGCAAGUGUCGUGGCAGUCUUGUGUGCCGAAUCUCGUCCAAGCACUAUACACCACGUUUGGCAACUUGAACGACGUCGUGGCUGCCACUUCGUCGAGCGCAGCCAUCCACCCCGACGUGAAAGGGCAAAGCGACUCCCAACCAGCGUGAUCUCCACGGAGAAGAUUCAUGUACUGGACGUGGAUAUGGGAGAUGGAGUCAAAGGAUGAACUAGCAUAGCUAAUGCGAGCAGUCAAGUACUAGUAUAUACUGCUCGGUCCCUCGUUGAAGGUGAUGCGAACGAAGCCAUGAAGUCGGAUUUUCAUUUAUGUGGUAGUUUAAAUAAUUGUUAAAUCUACUUGAAGUACUA